UGUGGUUGCUUAGUAACAGAGGGACGCAGAGUUUGUUGUCAGUUGAGGCUGAGCAGGCAGGAUGGCUGAAGUUGAAGAAACCUUGAAGAGAAUUCAGUCUCACAAAGGUGUGAUUGGAACCAUUGUGGUUAAUUCAGAAGGAAUUCCAAUUCGGACAACUCUGGAUAAUUCCACCACAGUGCAAUAUGCUGGUCUCCUCCACCAACUGUCUAUGAAAGCCAGAAGUACAGUACGAGAUAUUGACCCACAAAAUGAUCUCACCUUUCUCCGAAUACGAUCAAAAAAACACGAGAUCAUGGUUGCUCCAGAUAAAGAAUACCUGCUGAUUGUUAUCCAGAAUCCAUCAGAAUAAGCAGACCCAAAAGAUGCAGAUAUAAGUUUGAAACAAUUUCUACUAGACAUGAUAUUUUAAGUUAUUUUUUUUUUGUUUUUUUCUUGUAAACACGUGAUGUGGAUUGAAGGUCGUACAAUAUUGCUUACUUGUUAUUUGUAUUGCCAUGUGAACUAUAAUAAAUGAUAUAAUAUCACAA